AACCCCCGAGACCUCCAUUUUUCCCCUCCCAUAUAUUCGCUCCCAAACAGUCACACGUCGCACAAGCCGAGGCAUGAUUGCCGCAAGCAUGUUAGUUCCCGCAUUGAGAAAAAGGGUGAACAAGUAACGCGCAAAGAAGAAAAGGCAAGGAGGGAAGAGGGUAAAUCCAUGUAA